GGAUCCAAAGAAAGUGAGAGAUACUGUGCGCCAACUUCUGACAUUCCAGUUUCUUUUGUUUUUCAGUUAUUCUAACUUUUCUAUUAAUUCUAACAAACAAAACAAAUCUUUAAACAUAACAAAACAAAACAAAACAAAAAUAAUUAAUAAAAUCAAGAUUAAGAUUAAGAUUCACCUUUCAAGACGUAACUCCACAAGCAGAUUUUAGCUCUUCUUCAUCUCAUAUUUUCACCAGAUAAAGGAAGAUAGUGAUAUUUAAUUUGUUUGAUACAGAAAGUUUCAGAUUUGGGUUAAAUCAGCCAUCUUUGAUCAGUUUGUGAAAUGGACCCGCAUAGUCAAGGGAAUAGCUCUGCUUCUCCAGCAGACCCUCCCUUGAAACGCAAACGUGGUCGUCCUCGUAAGGAUGAGAGCCAGGUACAAGGGGAGACCACGCCUGCUACUCCGGCAGCUGACAUAUUGAAGAAAAAUAAACAGUCUGCUGAUACUACUGAUUAUGUUGGUGAUGAAAUGGUGGGUAAAAGGGUUUCUGGUGUCAUUGAGGGCUCAUUUGAUGCAGGAUAUCUUCUCAAAGUUAAAGUAGGUGAUACUGAAACUCAGCUGAGGGGUGUUGUGUUUCUACCGGGCAGAUUUACUCCCGUCACGGCCUCAAAUGAUGUGGCUCCAGAAGUGAAAAUGUAUAAAAGGACAGAAAUGCAAAUACCUGCUCCGAUUCCAACAACUCAGGUUCAUGGUCCAGUACCAUCGUUGGAUCAAAGUGAUAAGCAACCAAUAGUUCAAGUCAAAGGUUUAUCAUCUGAACUUCAGUCUGCUAUUCCAAGUCUGCAGGAAAAUCAACCUUCUUCGAAUAUACUUCCCGUGGCUGAUAAUUUCCCACCUCUGAGUAGCGCAGGAUCUUCCUUAGUGGGUGCGCCACAGAAACUUGUAGAGUCGGUAACUGGUGUCCUACCUGCAUCUAUCAUGCCAAGGAUAGUGCAUGAAAAAGUUCCCGAGCGAAAUGACCUGUUGAAAGAAUUUGAAGAUUCCCUAAACAAAUUUCAUAGUGUUAGUGUGGAGACAACCGAGCAAUCAAAAGCAAUGCCACAAUCUGUGCCUCCUGUCGACAGUAUUCCUGGCAGUGGAACUGUUAAUGUUGAGCUUGAAAUCCAACAUCAGGUUGCGAAUAACGACUUUAAGCCAAACCUGGAAAAUAACCAUAUUUCUGUGAUCUCCGAGUCCGUGGAAUCAAUUGAAACAAAAGUAUGGACUGUAAAGCCGGUUGAACUACCAGAGGUUGCUGCAAAAACUGUUAGUGGAAACGAUAUGUCCCACUUAAACGGGAGGUCUGUAAGUAACGAUUACAACACUACACAGGCAGACUCAAAAUCUACUCCAUCAACUGGCCUUCCAGUAACACUGUCUGAGAGAGAAGCUAUUACAUCUGAAUCCAAGCUUGCCACUGAAGGAUCUUCUGCUUCUUCACCUGUUGCCGGUUUGCCUGUAACUUUGUUUCAGAGAGAAGCUGUUCCAUCUGAAUGCAAGCUUGCUAUAGAUGGACCUGUUCUUGGCAGAAUAACGGAGCCUCAGUUCUGCAUCUCACCAGGUGUGACUGUGAGCAACAAUGUGGACUGUAACUUGAAGGAUUCAAUUCCUCCUACAGAAUCUUAGCUUUAUCUACAUUAGUAUGGUGAUAAUUUGGAUUGUGCACUGGUGCCUAACAAGAGUAAUCUACGAGUGAUGUGGCCUAUUAGGUCACGUGUUGGAAAAUAAAGGGGCAAUACUGCCAGGGUCUAGAUUUCUAUAAAUUUAAACUCGGAUAGAUUAGCACCUGCUCUUGAUGAAUUUGCAAUGUGAACUGCUGCUCUCUAAAUGGAUUAUUGGAGGCAGAUUUUGGAUACAGUUCUUUUGCAACUUUUUUUGAAGCAGCUUUAUUGAAUUGUUUCUUUUGGAAGUAAAUUAUUAUUAAAUCAUUUGUUUAAAUACUGUUUA